AUAUACUCCUCUGAAGGGAGGGCUCUCCAAUGUGUGGUUCGACAGACUUAAAAUAUCUAACGACUGCCCAGAACACAUUGAGUCGAUCGAUAGAAUGUGUCAAGUACUCACUGGAUUGAUUGAUGAGGAAGUAAAGACUGGCAUCCAGAAGAGCAGGAUAUUAAUAGGCGGAUUUUCUAUGGGAGGCUGCAUGGCGAUGCAUUUAGCGUACAGAAAUCACCCAGAUGUGGCAGGAGUAUUUGUUCUUUCUGGUUUUCUGAAUAAAGCAUCUGCUGUUUACCAGGAUCUUCAGCAAGGUGGCCACGUGUACCCUGAGCUCUUUCAGUGUCACGGCACUGCAGAUCAGCUAGUUCUUCAUUCUUGGGGCGAGGAAACAAACUCAAAACUGAAAUCUCUAGGAGUGAGCACAACAUUUCACAGUCUUUCAAAUGUUUACCAUGAGCUCAACAAAGCUGAGCUGGAGAGGCUAAAGUCAUGGAUUCUCACAAAGCUGCCAGGAGAGACAGACGGCCAAGUGAAUGACUCCUGAAUGGUAUAUUGAUUGUUUAUCUUACAUCUAACAUUUCUUUCUUACUUGAUCCUCACAAAAACUAAGAUUGCUGAAACAGCCAGCAACCCUACAUCAUACAAAUGAAAUUGCAUAUCUGUCUAUUUUCAUUCAACCAGAUUGUCUUGAAAAUCAUCAUGUGAUGAAUGUCAACUGUCUAUUUUGUCGCUGCAUAGGUGCCAUUGAGGGGGCACACUGAAAUUUGCUUGUCCAUUCACCACAGAUUUGGGUGGCUUCCUGUGAGAGACUAUCAUAAAUAGGGCUGUCAUGAGGUGUAAACAUCCACCUUAAUGGUGGAGAGCCUGGUGACAUGUUGUAGCAUCGCCUGAAACUGCCCAGCUGUUUCUCAAUGUGGCUUUAGCAUCUUCUAUUCCAGCCAGCAGCGUGGUAGCCCUUGAUGCCCAGUUCUGCACUAGUCUUUCAUCUUGCCCAUUCUAGUGGCUGUGCAGUGUUCAUGUAGCAUUUGACUUCCAUUUUCUUGGUGCCAAUGAUGUGAUACAGAAUCCUUCACUAGAGGGUUUUCCCAGAUUUGUGAAAAUCAGUUUAUCCUCCCCAAUCUGUUUCUAGAUUAUCUUUGUGAAAGUGAUUUACUGCCAAGUUAUAAUGACAAAUAAAAUAUGAGAAAAUAA